AUGACAUCACAUCUGGACGAUGAGGGUAGUCCAGAUAUACAAUCAGAGCACAAUGAUUACUUUGAUAGCAACCCUUUCAUGAAUGAUCCAAUCAAUACACAACAACAACAUCAUGCACCUCUGACAACAUCAAGUCGGCAUAGUAUUCAAUAUAGUAAUAAUAAUAAUAAUAGUAACAACAAUAGUAAUAGUAUACAUCAUCUUCAUUUACAACAUAACCAACCACACCAACAACAUCAACAACAACAACAGAUGGACUCACCAAUAAUGAUGUCCAACAGGAAUAAUGAGAAUGAAUAUGACAAUGACAACAUUGAUGAGGACAUGCGACCAAAUGACGAUGAUGACCAUCAUGAUAGUCACAAGAGUUCAGGUCUCACUCACUCAAGAGGCAAGCACACCUUCACCGAGCUUGAGAAGGUCAAGAUGUCCAAGUUCGAAUCACUCGAUUUCCCCAUCAUCGACAACCAGAUCAUGCGCGACUUCCAGAAAAAGACGACCAUAUUCAGUCACAUGCUAAAAACAUUCGGCAAGUGGGCGAUAUGCUUCACGAUCGGAGUUGUCGUAGGCUGUGUUGCAUACCUUGUGAAGCAGUCUGUUGAGUUUGUCAAUGAGUUCAAGUUCAGCACAUCCGAGAGAUAUACUGAGGAGGGCAAGAAGAUCCCAGCCUUCUUUGUAUACUACUCAAUCAAUCUUUUGUUUGGAGUACUUGCAUCCUUGAUCAUCAUUCCAGUCGGCCAAAUAUCCUCAGGCUCAGGUAUACCCGAGGUGAAGGGCUACCUGAAUGGUAUCCGUAUCCCACAGUCAAUGAACGCCAAGACAUUGAUUGGUAAGGCAGUAUCACUGAUAUUCGCUUACUCCUCUGGCCUGGUGCUCGGACCAGAGGGUCCAAUGAUCCACAUUGGUAGCAUGGUCGGUGGUGCCAUCGGCCAGGUCAAGUCCAAGACAUUCAAGUGGUAUCCAAAGCUGUUCUGGAGGUAUCACAAUGACCGCGAUCGUCGUGACUUUAUCAGCACUGGUGCUGCCGCUGGUGUGGCCGCUGCAUUCGGUGCGCCAAUCGGAGGCGUGUUGUUUGGCUACGAAGAAGCCAGCUCAUUCUGGUCCAAGCAGCUGACUUGGAGAACCUUCUUUGCGUGCCUGAUAGCAACGUUCACGACCAACCUCAUUCUGCAGGGCUUCCAAGUGCAGGUUCACGACUAUGGUGUGCUGACGUUUGGCUUCUCCCAAGAGUAUCUCUACCGCUACUCUGAGCUGCUGGCCUUUGCCGCGCUGGGCGUCAUUGGCGGUCUGUUGGGCGCCUUCUUUGUCUACCUCAACGUGCGACUGAGCAAGUGGCGCUCAGAGUUCUUCUCCAAGCUGCCAGUGUACACACGUGUGCUCGAGGUGGUCCUGGUCGUCACACUCACCUCUGUCACCCUGUUCACUGCUGCUGGCGUCACUGGUUGUCGCGAACAAAGUCUCGUCCACAACACCACAAUCAUCCCUAACCAGAACAUCACAUUCGUUAGACUCUUCUGUGAAGAGGAUCAAUACAAUGACAUGGCUGGCCUCUCAUUCAACACGAUGGAUGCAGCACUCAGACUGCUGUACUCUCGUGCCGUCAAUCUAUUCUCAAUACCAACAUUGGUCGUCUUUACAUUCAUCUCGUUCAUAUUGGCAACGAUCACAUCGGGCUUGAUGCUGGCAAGUGGACUCUUCAUUCCAAUGAUGUUGCUCGGUGGCACCUUUGGCCGUCUCGUCGGACAGCUUGGCUCAAUCAUGUUCAGUCAUGCCAACCCUCCCAUUGACCCAUCCAUCUACGCCAUGGUAGGCUCAUCAGCAAUGAUGGCCGGUUUCUCCAGAAUGACCAUUUCUCUGGCCAUUAUCGUUGUGGAACUCACUGAAGGUACACAAUAUAUGCUUCCAGUUAUAUUAUCAGUUAUGAUUGCCAAGUGGGUCGGAGAUAUAUUCAAUGAAUCAAUCUAUGAACACUUGAUGGAGUUGAAGUGUUAUCCUUAUUUGCCAAGCCAGCCGCCAAAGUCAAUGAUCAAGCUGGGCAUCACCGAUGUGAUGAAGACCGAAGUGGUGACACUGUUCGAGGUGGACAAGGUGUCUCGUAUAAUGGACGUCCUGCAAUCCAAUCAGCACGCAGGCUUCCCCGUUAUCGAGAAGCACAACCCCAAGACAGUGGACAGCGGCGACUACUCAGAGGACGGCAUCUACUGCGGCAUGAUCCUGCGAUCCCAACUCAUCAUCCUGCUCAACUAUAAGAUAUUCACGCAGGAGCAACAACGUCUGCCCAACAACUUCAAGCGCGGCAAGCACCAACGUCGUUGGGGCAAGGCCACGGACUAUGGACACAUCCCCGCCGACGGUCGCAUGACCUACCAGGUCAUGACACAGGCGUUGGCACGUCACUUCCCGCCCAUCAACCAGAUGGGUAUCACCAAGGAGGAGAUGGAGAACAUGUACAUAGACCUACGUCCCUACAUGAACCUCAGCUCAGUAGUAUCCAACGAGACCUUCUCCUUCAGUGAAGGUUAUCAAUUGUUCAGAACAAUGGGUCUAAGACAUAUGCCAGUUGUUAACAAGCGAAACGAAGUUGUUGGUAUUGUUACAAGGAAGGACUUGCUUUAG